CCACAAUGCCAUUUUAAAUUUACCAUAGGAAGGAAAGAAGAGGAAUGUGCACGCACAUUUCUAACAAGGUUUUGUAAAUGGGAAUCAGACAAAUUAUUGUUUAAGGAAGUCAUAUAUUGCGAAAUAACGCCAUCAUUCAACCAUCAAUCAGGGCCCAUGCAUAACGAUAAAAGGAGAACAUGAACGAUUCCUCCGAUUCGGAGUACGAGGACACAGAGUACCUGGUAUUUGCGGAUUUCAAGAACCACAUUCAUCCGCACCAGCUGAAGCACGAGGACGCGGCCAUUAAGAUCAUCGGAAUCGAGAGUGACACGCCCAUGGCCGAGGUAAAUGGAAGCAUUUAUCGGGGACGCUACGAACAUUCCGUGGGAACCAACGUGUUCUUUGAGAAGGAAAAAGACAAUCUGGCAAGUGAUCCGCUUUUUGAGUCAGUGUGUCGCCAGCGGUACCAGUACGUGGACAAAUCCACCAAGGUGAUAUCUUUUGAAAGGGUCUACGUGGACAAUUUGCACCAGGAGGUGGAGAAGUCGGCUGAGACUGAAGAGGACGAUCAGACCGAGCCAAAGCCAGAAUCUCUGAAGCUAAAUAUAACUUACAAGGAGGCUAUUAACAAGUUUGGAGAAGAUCAUUGAGUGUGGAGAACUGAGUCUAAUCCUGAACAAAAAACACUCUUUCAAGACAUACCUCUUAGUACCAUGGAUACCACCUAUAUUACAACGAAUCCAGCUUUAAGCCUGCGAGACUUUCUAGCCGACUAUCAAAAGAAAAUAUCCGGUACUGCAGACGAAGUGCCCUUCUUUCUCCAAAAAAACCCAGUACUUGUCGACGUGUCUGAAAGCUGUUCCCUGGACUUGAUCGAGUCCCCAGACGACAGCUCGAUUGCAGUCUUCCAGCCCGCCGCAGACAAAUGCCGCCCAACCUUUUCUCCGCCGCAGGAGAACCAGCAUGUGCCCUCCACUUUUACUGCUCUAAGCCAGCACAAGGACAAGUCCCACUCGCCUAACCUGCACAUCGAUGCUUGCGGCGAACUGGAGCUAACCGUGCGUCUAUAUCGACCACCGCGGGCCUACCAUCGCGGGUUUAAGGUGGAGAUUCCCGUUUUCGCCGAGGAGUUCGUAUGUCUGGGCAGCAAUUAUCUGACCGAGCUGCGGGACAAGAUCAGCUGCGUUUGCAAUGGAAAACGGUUUGUCGACAUCAGCGACGAUCCAGAUGCACCGUUGCCAUCCAUUGACACAAAUCCCGGUUACUUCUUCAUCAACGACACAUUCUACAACGACCAGCGCAAUCCGGACAAUCCCGACUAUUCCAAGACCGUCUUGCAGUGGGCUGCCAGAGCGAACGGAGUGAACGGAGAAACGCUUAAGGUGGAGAGUAUGGAGGGCAAAAGAUUCAUCGAUCUCACUGUCAGCCCCGGAUCACCGCUACACUACCUGCACCACGGCAAUUGCGAACACCUGUUUGUGAUCUCCCAGGUAGAGGUGCUAACGCCACUUAGUAAACGGCCAGAUCGCAGCCUGUAUCCCUAUCCUCACGCCUUCAGUACGUUUAAUCGCAGGACUUGCUAUAUGUGCGGCAUUCGCAGCUAUAGCUUCAUCGUGAACCAGUCCCGGCGACAGCUGCACGAUCCCUCCUACCUGUGCCGCAGAUGUUUUCUCAGCUUCUUUUACGUGGAUGGUGUCAAGCUGGGCCAGUUCAAAGCCUAUCGCAUGUAUGACCAUGUAGAGCUGGAGGGCGAAGAGGAGGACAUUAAACAGCAAAAUCUCCCCUCCUGAAUAUACAUAUACAUUUGUGUGAUUUUUUCUUUAUUUGCGAGCUCCUUUGACUGCAAGAUCGCUCAAGGAGUUGAUUGAUAUUUUGUUCUUGUAAAAUAUUCAUAGAUAGAUUUAAAUAAAAUACAUACACGUUGCAACAAG